AUGGCACGAGUUUAUGGACAGCUGGGACUGAACUACGACUUGGAUGAUGGAAGGCCGUUCAUUUACUGCGAGAAGUUCGACCCGAAAUCCUGUGCACCAAAUGAUCCGCAAUGUCCGACGCUCGAGAAAUGCUAUGCAGAACCAGAAAAUCGAGCGCAGAGGCUUGGAUGCAUGACAGUUUUCAAAUAUGUAACUGAG